AGGAGUAGGAGCAGGAGCAGGCAUGUGGCAGCAGAGGGGGCAACCUGAGUUGGAUUGAUCCACGUCAUUAAUUAUAGAGGAGGAGGGGGGUCCGUAAGAGAGCAGCAGCAGCAGCAACAGCAGCCUCUUCAGCGGUGGGCUCCAGCUGAGCCCUUUACUCCCGACGCUUCUGCUUUUUGUCCAGGACAGCACUUUAGCAACCGCACGCGCCCAGGAAGUAAAUGUAAAUAGAAGAGGAGGGAAGGAAGACGAAACAGGAGGAGGAGGAGGAGACCAGGACGGGGAGCUGGUGAAGCAGGAGCGUAGCGGAGAGAGGAGAGCUGAGAGACCCAUUUAAAAGACACGGACGCGGGCUCUUUAUCACAUCUUUUUCCCUCACCUUCCCGCUGGCAGAGGAGCGUAUGGUGGAGUACGGAUGGCAUCGCACAGAACUCCAACGGUGCUCUGAUCGUCCGCCACAAGCAAACCCCCACGCUGCCGUGUGCGUAGUCACAGCAUGGAACCGAACAGGGACGGAGGAGAGGGCUGGAUGGAGGACCAGUGGGAGAAAUGGCUGACCCACGACAUCAGUCUGGAUGAGUUUGAGGACGAAGACCUCUCUGAGAUCACCGAAAUCACCGACGAGAGAGGCAUGAGUCUCAACUGCAACAGCCAACUGGACAUCAAGGCUCAUGUGAUGCGGGGAGCCAAUAGUGGCCUGGGGAAGGUGGAGGCAGGCGCAGUGGGACACAUCCAGUCGGAGAUCCUUCACUUGGACCUGAUAGAUGCUGCCGACGGCAACUGCGAGCAGGAAGUCUGUCCAGCCGCCACCAAAGCGCCCGCCAAGAACCCUGUGCCCGGCGCCAUGGAUACCUACCGGCCCAAGAGACCCACCACACUCAACCUGUUUCCACAGGUGCCUCGCACGCAGGACACACUCAACAACAACUCCUUUGGGAAGAAAUACAGUUGGCAGGAGCUGGUCUCUCGCUCAUCCUCCCCUCUCAAAACUGGCGAGCUAUCUCCCCCUCGCGAGCACAUCUGCAUGAGUGACCAGGACAAGGUCCAGCAGUACGGACGAGGAGGAGGAGGAGGAGGCGGUGGGACACAGACGAAAGACCGUGGCACCUCGACCGACGCUCCACACAAACGGUCCGUCUCGUCCAAACAGAGUCACGCGCCGGCGCCUCCGCAGACCGCUCCCCCCGCCCCGCCGGUCAAGGCCUCAGCGGCGGGCGAGUCGCACCGCGAGCGCAUCCGCUACCACACGGACGUGCGCCUGGAGCCCACCGAGGAGAUCUACCUGACGCCCGUGCAGCGGAGCCUCGAGGCCCUGGACCAAGAGCCCGAGCAGGACACUGACACUGAUACUGACCAGCAGCAGCAGCAGCAGCAGCAGCAGCGGGCACCCAUGCUGUCCCAGACCGCCGACCACGGCCGCAUGUCCAUCAGCUCCGACAACGAGGGGCCGCCGCCCUACCAGCCGCCGCUGUACGAGCAGCCCAACCCGGCCAUCUGCGAGCAGGACGAGGACCUCUUCCCGCCCUCCUACACGUCUUGCAUCGCGUCCACCGCCGCGCUGGACCUCAGCACCAGGGACGCCCGGCUGGCCGCCGAGCUCAGCUACGUGGACGUGGACGCGGAGGACGGAGAGGACGCGGAGGACAGAGUGGACGGGGCCGGCGAGGCCCAGGCGCGGGACGAGGGUCUGUCCCGGGCCUUCCGGAACACUGCCACUGCCGCCCGGACUUCCAUGAGCAGCUCGGAGGCGAGCGGCCUCUCGUACGACUCGGUCAAGUACACGCUGGUGGUGGACGAGCACGCGCAGCUGGAGCUGGUCAGCCUGCGGCAGUGUUACCACGGUUACAGCGAUGACAGCGACUCAGCCACCGUCUACGACAACUGCGUGUCCUCGCCGUACGAGUCCGCCCUCGGGGAGGAGUACGAGGAAGACGAGGACGAGGAGGAGGAGGGGGCGCGGGUGGGAGGAGUCAGACGAGAGGCCACCGCCCGCCUGUCAGAAGACUCCACCCCCGAGGCUGACCUGCCCUUCACCAAGAAGUUCCUCAACGUCUUCAUGAAUGGCCGAUCACGCUCAUCCAGUGCAGAAUCCUUUGGCCUCUACUCGUGUAUCAUUAAUGGAGAGGAGAAAGACCAGACUCACAGAGCAGUGUACAGGUUUGUCCCCCGCCAUGACGAUGAGCUGGAGCUGGAAGUGGACGACCCCCUGCUGGUGUUGGUGCAGGGAGAGGACUACUGGUACGAAGGCUACAACAUGCGGUCAGGAGCGCACGGGAUCUUCCCUGCCUACUACGCCACGGAGAUCACCAAAGAUGCAGAGCACUUAAAAGUGAAAACCAGUGAUUGGGUAGAGAGGCACAGGCUGAAAUUCCUGGGCUCAGUCCAAGUGCCCUAUCAUAAAGGCAACGAUGUGCUGUGUGCAGCUAUGCAGAAGAUUGCCACCAAUAGGAGAAUGACAGUGCAGUAUAACCCGCCUUCCUCCUGCAUCCUGGAGAUCAAUGUGAAGGGAGUAAAGCUUGUGGUACAAGAAGACUACGGAGCCUAUGAGAGUGAGAGCCAGUGUAGUCACUUCUUCCACCUGAAGAACAUUUCCUUCUGUGGUUACCAUCCCAAGAACAACAAGUAUUUUGGGUUCAUCACCAAGCACCCAGCAGAUCAAAGAUUUGCUUGUCAUGUAUUCGUGUCUGAACACUCCACCAAGCCUCUGGCAGAGUCCGUGGGGAAAGCCUUCCAGUUGUAUUAUAAGGAGUUUGUGGAGUUCACGUGUCCCACAGAAGAUAUCUACCUAGAAUAGUCCCAACCUACCUUCUUCAGCAGCCCUGUACAGCAAUGUGUAUUAUAACAAGUUGCAUGACGGACAAAGAAUAACAAAGACAAAAGCAAGAACUAACACACUUGACAAAGCUGGACAGACACAAAAAGAAGAAGAAGAACAACAACAACAACAACCACAAAAAAAAAAAACAGGGCUUGCCCUCUACCUAGCACAGUCUCAUAGGCUAUCAGGUGUCUUUGUGUAGUCAUCACACAACCCAUACUAUAGGUGGCCUCAACAUCGGUCCAUCCACCUCAAGCAAGCACGAGGUAGCCGACACCAUACAGGGGGCAUGUGUAAGAUGGACGCACCUUCAAUGUAGAUUGUAACGGCAAGUGGAGCUAGAGUGUGCAAUCACCAUAUGAUGGAGACCAGAAGUUGACCACACAUUUAUUUAUUUGAUUUGUUGCUGUUUGUUUGUUAUUCUUUUGUCUGGGUUUGUGUGAGAUGAGGCCCUGAGCAUGAGAGUGGCACAUGCGUGUGUUUGCACAGUGAAUGGGGAAGAGUGAUGGGCUCUCUCUCUCUCUCUCUCUCUCUCUCUCUCUCUCUCUCUCUCUCUCUCUCUCUCUCUCUCUCUCUCUCUCUCUCUCUCUCUCUCUCUCUCUCUCUCUCUCUUUCUCUUUCCUCCAGGCAGAGUAGAGGGCCCACACUGAUGGGGAUGAUGCAAGGCUGGCCUACAGCUUUAGGGCUGCAAGGGCUGGUCACAAUGGUUUGGAUUUGAUUUGAUUCUCCUCUGCAAACAUCAGUGGUUUAACUCAAGGUAGAUUAGAACUCUGAAAGAAAGCCUUAGCUCACUGUACACCAUGUAUAAAGGGAUAAUUUUGCCAACCUGCAUUGUAAUCCCAGUUCUGCCUUGCUUCAUCACCCCCAGAAAGCUUACUGUCAGGUCAUUCCUUAUUAUACUUUUGCAGUGACUUUGCUCUAUACACAAAUAUCAAACUGUCAAUGUCAUGAAGUGGCAUAGCCAUAACUAUAACCAUAACUCCUCUUCACACGGAAGUGUACAUCUGUCCUGCUAGCAUACUGACAGCAAGCCUAGUGGGGUGCCUCGCUCUUGCCUGGGAAGCACAAAGCAGACUCCUCCGUGUCUUUCAGAAGAAUCACAAGUAGUGCCUCUUUUUACCAUUACUCAAGCAUAACCGUUAACAUAACAUCAUAACCGUUGUUAUGAUUUCAGUCAUGGUGUGUAGUACUCCGUUAGUUGUGCUGAUACGUGUGAAGUGUGGGGGUUUACAGGAGGUACACAAGCUUCCUCGAGUGUAGGGCUCACAUGAGUACAUGACUGAGCUGUGGACAGCUGGACAAUGCUGUGCCAUUGACCUAUUUGGCCUCUAUCAUAGGAAUUACAUGGUUAAUGUAACAUCUUACCUGUAACACAAUGUAUUGUUCUAUGAACUGUAAGUGUCCUCACAGCAGCAGGGUAAACGCCCUAACAGAGCCCUUUUGUUCACUGGGUGCUGGCUUUACUACUGAGAUGUUUUUGGAUGCGAGGGGACCCUUAACCAGCUUCUGGAAAUCUAACAGUGGCAAUGGGGAGGGAGUGCAGGCUGCAGAAAGGGCCUUCAAGCUACAGUACAUUCUGUUUUUAAUAUUCCGUGUGUUGACUAAUUUUAUGAGCGCAGAGUGACUGUUUGAAAGUUAUCUCUAGAUUUCUCUCUUGAGUAUACUUUGAUGAAGGGUAAAGUGCAAAAGUGAAUUAAGUUUCUACACCUAUACUAUUACUUUUUGGCCUUGUCAAACUAAUUUCUUGAUUAAUGACACAUAGCAUGAAAUUAUCAACCUCACCUCAUGUUACAUCACUUUUGUCCCACCAAACUCAUUUUGGGGUCGGGGGGAGGGGGGAGUAUUGUUCUGCUGUUAUUGAUAAAUGAUUCAAUGAGUGAACAUGUUGAUGAAUGAACACGUUCAUGAGCAGUGUUGGCGUGGGUGGUCAGGAUCUCUCUCUCUCUGCUCCACUACCUCAGAGUAAUGGAGAGAGCUCCCUUCCAGGGUCCCUGUUAUUAGAAUUCAUCUGAAACAUCUGUCCAGCAUUUCAAUUUCAAUUUGGAUUUUUGCACACAUACAUGCAUACAUUUUACAAAAUCCUCUCAAGAAUUCACUACUAAGUAUCUCAACAGGCAUUCAUGAGUUUUCCAUGUGAAAGAGCACCAUUAUUCAGCAGGGGGAAGUAGGACAGGGAGUCUGAGCUAUCGAUGGAAAAAGAAUCUGUUUUCAAAUAGCAUCUUCCCCCACCCCAUGGGAAUGAUAUAUCUGGCUAUAAAUGCAAUUGCCCAUCUUCCUCAGUGUUCCAAGAUUUUUUAAUGAAUGCAAUGAAAGGCUAAUAUUUUUAAGACUUGUUUAUUUCAUGAGAAUAUUAAGAUUUUUUCAAAGGAUUUUAUUUAUUUUGUGCAGAACUUCUAUUUUCAUUGGAUUCAAAUGUUUAUUUUCAUUUUAACUAACACUCUAAUGUGAAUACCAAUGUACAGAAGACAUAUAGUGGGCUGAAGAGUGAGCGAGCUGAAUAAGGCAACAUCACUCGACCACAACUCAUACUCCACCACAAAUGAUCAGAGGAGGUGGCUUUUUCGCCCAGUUGUGGGUACACGUGUAAUGUUCUCAUCCAUGAAAUGACCAGUGGCUAGCACCAGACAAACCAAUGAACCCAUUCAUGUGGCUGUCUGGACAUUGGCCCAUCAGGGUUACUGUAAUGCAAUAUCAGAUUAAAAUCAUUUUUUUGUGCAGAAGCGGCGCUGUAAGAGCAUAUCUCUACACUGUAGUAUUUGCUGUUCCCAUCAAACUGCCUAGUCCCUCAACUGAAAAUAAAUAUUGGAAUCCAAGAAAGAUGACGUGAUACAGUUUGUUUUUUAUUCCAUUUCAUGUUCCAAAAAAGAACUUUGAAAAGAACAAGUGGCCAUAUCUGAAGACAUACUUUGUUUUUCUAUUUUGUGACCUACCAUCCUCCUCCUCGGUAUGUUCUACUUCUGAUGACCCGCGAGGAACAGGAGACGAUGUAACAAUAUGCCAUGUAUAUAUGCAUAUUGUAUAAGUGGAAAGUACUACAACUGAAUACUGUAUAGAUUCAAGCUGCAGUGGAAAUAGUUUUAUUUAAUAUUUCCUUGUUUUGGAGUGUGGAAUUAAUCUUUAUUUAAAAAGAAAUGAGCAGUA